UCUUAGCUAAGAAAAUUUUUUAUCUUAAGAUUAAGUCGUAUUCUGAAAACGACUUAAGAAAAACUUAGCUGAGAUUAUUCUUAAGAUUGAGAAAUAUCUUAAGUAAUAAAUAUUUCACUUAAGAAAAUUCUUAAGUCGGUCGCUAAUGAAAGCGGUUUUCCCGUUGCUUAAAAUAGUAACGGAAGUACUCUCCAAUGUCUUAAAAUAGUACCGGAAGUUUAUCCGCUGUCAAACAGACGAUACUGUAAUGGAUCUCGUAAAGAAAAGAUCGGCAAACUUUUCCGAACAAGAAUGCGUCUUGUUGAUGGAGAUACUUGGUGAGGUUUCGGAGUUAAAUCCAAACCUCACCAGGUAUCAAUACCUGAAACACAAAUUUACCAAUGGGAUUACCUCUAAAUCUAAGAGAGACCAAUGGAAUCAGAUUCACAACAGAUUCGUUUCAUGUUCAGGGACAUCUAGAAACCAAGAAGAAUUGGAGAAGAAAACGAACAAUCUGGUUCAAAAACACAGGAAUUUGUACUCGGAUUUCAAAAGAAAUAUAAGUCAGACAGGAGGCGGACCAAGAACACCUGCUCUUUCCUUCCUUACAGAGGCUGUUAUGGCCGUUGUAGGGAAGGAAAGUGUCAGUGUGGCUGGGGUAUGUUUGGGAGAACAUACAGAUACCACCAUUAUGACCUCGGUUGACAACAGUUCUGAAACUGCAGUACAGCUGCAAGAGGUGCAGUCUGAGGAAGUUGUUGUUGAAACCAGGUCUCAAUUGCCAGUGAGGGCAAAAAGCCAGUCACACUUCACAUCAAAGUCUUCCAACCACUGUGAAAUAUGUUGCAAAUCCAAACAAGAACUCAACAAACUGAAAAAAAGAAAAUUAGAACUGGAAAUUGAACUACUUAAAAAAAAGCUACAUCUACAAGAAGAAUAAUAUAUAUGAAUUCAGAUGAAAAUAUUAAAUAAAAAGUAAAUUGAAUUAUGGACAGAAAUAAAUAUAGGAUAUUUAGGUUUUUUCUAUAAAUACAGGAUUUAUUUUCCUCGACAAGGUAUGAAAAUAAAUAUUAAAUAUAUUGAAAUGUGAUAAUUUUCAUACCACAAGAUGAAAAUAAGUCCUGUAUUUGAAGAAAAAACAUUUUAUGAGCAUUUUAUUUCAUCAAUAUUUUUCAAUAUUUCAUUAAUAAGAAUGUAAUAAAUAGAGGAUAUUCAAGUUUUUUCUAUAAAGACAUGAUUUAUUUUCAUCGAGUGGUAUGAAAAUAAAUAUUUCAUGAGUGGCGGUAGCCACGAGUGAAAUAUCGUAAUUUUCAUGCCACAAUUAAGAUGAAGAUAAAUCAUGUAUUUAUAGAAAAAACUUGAAUUUUUUGUUUAUUAUAUACAUUUUUCUGUUUUUUGACAUAAAAAUUUGAAAGACUUUCCCUUAAAUUUUGUGUACUGGCAGAAUUUAAAAGAAAGUAGUCCGGCAAGACACCAGUGAAAAUACGGAAAAUAUGUUUCACUGCAGUGAAAAAUAAUUUUUUACAGUGAAAAUACGGAAAUGAAAAUAUGCAUUUUAUUUCAUCAAUAUUUCAUUUAUAAGUAUAUAAUAAAUUGCCAUAUUUAAAUUUUGCUUCUUUUGGGGAAAUAAUAACUGCAUAAUUAUGUCAUGUUAAAAAUGUAAAAAAUGUCAAAAUUUUGCAAAAUUACAUGUUAACAUUGAUAUUGUGACAUCAUGAUUUAAUGAGGGCGUGAAAAAUAAUGCAUGACAUUAAACUGCAUAUGUCAGUAAAAAAUGACUUAAGAUCACUGACUGAAACAUGAAAUAAAUAGGAAAUUUGUUUUUGGCAAGACUGAGAGAUAUAUUUCACUUGUAAACUGGAAUCAAAUGUCAGUGUUAAGCAUUGUCAGUGUAUCAAAAGAGAAAUUACCUUUCAA